AAUAUGGCUGUUCGAAUUUCACGUUUUUCUGGCCUUUUGACUAUUCUCCGUCAAAACAACUCGGCAUUUCAUUGUUUAAAAGCGUACAAACCAAGUUUGAAACCGCGUGCAGUGUUUGUAUGUGUUGGAAGUUGCAGUACUUACGAAGUAAAACCAGAAAGAUUGGAGGAAAUAGCGAGAUCACCAAGUGGAUGGGUACCCCCACAGAAUCCACCUCCAUCCUUGCCGUUUCAAAUCAGAAGAUCAAAAACAAACAACUUGCCAGUUUAUGUUGAUAAAAAACGUGGAGGAAGUCUAGUGCUAACGGUCAUCAGAAACAUCAAGGGUGAUUUAAAUGAACUUGUUAAAAUGUUAAAGAAAAUGUUAGGAGAAGAUGUUCAUUUUCAAAUCAAUGAAAUAACAAGUCAAGUGAAGAUAAAAGAACUUCUUUUUAUCAGGAUGUCUUCUCAUGAGGAGAAGGAAGCAGAGGCAAAGGGCACAGGGGAGAACAGCUCAGAUGCGACCAGUAAUGCUAAGGGUGCUGAAGGUGCAGAGGGAGAUAGUUCAAGUGGUGAUCCUGAUCUACCAAGCUUCCUUCAAACUCUCUUUGCAAGAUUGGGAAUAAGCAAACCUGGUGAACAACAACAGAAGGAGCCUGAACACGAGCAAGUUCUUGAUGAAGUUACAUUUGAAGGAAUUGCAAAAUACAUUCAGACGGGAAAAUGUCAAAAUAUAGUAACAAUGGCAGGUGCUGGGAUUUCAACUUCAGCUGGUAUUCCAGAUUUUCGAAGUCCAGGAAGUGGACUCUAUGAUAACCUACAGCAAUAUAAUCUUCCGUAUCCUGAAGCAAUUUUUGAUAUUAGUUUCUUCAGAUCAAAUCCUGAACCUUUUUUUAAACUGGCCAAGGAAUUGUACCCUGGAAAUUUUAAGCCAACAACAUGUCAUUAUUUUCUCCAUUUACUUAAUGAAAAAGGAUUGCUCCUUCGCCAUUAUACUCAGAACAUCGAUACUUUGGAACGGAUUGCUGGUGUUCCUGGGGAGAAACUUGUAGAAGCUCAUGGUACAUUUCACACAGCGCACUGCUCACAAUGUCGCAAAGAGUACACGCAGGAAUGGAUAAAAGAUCAAAUUUUUGCUGACAAUAUUCCAACAUGUGAAGGUGAUUGUGAAGGUGUUGUUAAACCAGAUAUUGUAUUUUUUGGUGAAAGCUUGCCUGAUCGUUUUUCACGACUUCUUUCACAGGAUAUGCCAAAAUGCGAUCUGUUAAUCAUAAUGGGAACCUCGCUUAGUGUUCAACCGUUUGCUUCACUCGUUGAUCACGUCACGGAGACCACACCACGUCUGCUGAUAAAUCGGGAUAAAUGCGGACAAAGAGGGGGGGACUUUUCUUUUAUGUUUGGUGGUGGAGGAUUGCAAUUCGAUCAUCCAAAAAACUACAGAGAUGUGGCAUGGUUGGGAUCUUGUGAUGAUGGCUGUCUUGCGUUGGCAGAAUUACUUGGAUGGAAGGAGGAGCUUGUGAAACUGGUUAAAAAUGAACACGAAAAAAUUGACAAGAUGGCAGGCAAAGAAGACAAAGAAGGGAAAUGUGAUGAAGCCAAAGCAUUGGGCGUUAAAGACGAGGUGAAAACGCAAGGUGAAUGCGCAGAUAGCCAGGAAGUUGACGAGAAACGAUGUGAGGAACAGACUAAGGUUAGUGACACGGUGAACGUGGAGAAAAAUGAUGUUGAGGAUGGUAGUAAGUCAGAACCAAGCACAUGAGUAUAUCUGUUUUAAAUUAUUUUAAACCAGAUCCAUCUUUGCUGAAAUAUAGUAGUCUUUCAAUACCUAAAUUGUUAAGCCUGGUUUUCUGACAGCAUAUAUAGUAAUUUAUCGGUGAUGUCUAUUGUCGGUUGCGUGUAUUGAUACAUAAAAUGCUUGUCUAUCCAAAGAAUUAUCUACUUCAUUGAUCACCGACAGUAGAUCGUAGAACAUCGCCGAAGAAUUACGACAUAUGAAAACCAGGAUUAAAUAUUUGAAAUAUAAUCUGCCACGCAAAUCACCGCAUACGGGGAAAGGUUGCGCAAUAACUUGUAACCUACUCGACUUAUCCAAUAUAAGUACACCGAAAU